CUGAGUUGGACCGAAUCCAUAUAGCGGCCCAAAGUUUAGGGCUCGAGUCUCUUUCACUCACCUAUAAAUUUAAUGUUCAAAACCCUAACCCCAUAAAUUGUUGCGCGUAUACUCUUUCGCUCUCAGAGUGCAGGCGUAGAUAUCCGCAGCCAAGGUAAACGGUAGCAUGGCGACUUCACCGGUGGAGCACGUUCAAUGUUUCGGGCGUAAGAAGACGGCGGUUGCCGUGACACACUGCAAGCGCGGCCGUGGACUCAUCAAGAUCAACGGAACACCAAUCGAGCUGAUCCAGCCAGAGAUCCUCCGUUAUAAGGCCUGUGAGCCUAUCCUCCUUUUGGGCCGCCACCGCUUCGCCGGCGUAGACAUGCGCAUCCGUGUCAACGGAGGAGGUCACACAGCUCAAAUCUACGCCAUUCGUCAAUCUAUCGCCAAGGCCCUCGUAGCCUUUUAUCAGAAGUUUGUCGACGAGCAAUCGAAGAAAGAGAUCAAGGACAUCCUCGUCCGCUAUGACAGGACAUUGCUUGUUGCGGAUCCAAGGCGCUGCGAGCCCAAGAAGUUUGGUGGACGUGGUGCUCGUUCCAGGUUCCAGAAAUCCUACCGUUGAUUGGCAGUUUGGAAGUCUAUUGCAAAGUGUUUGUGUUAUCUCGUUUAGUAAGCCGUCCGUUCAAGUUUUGGUUUAUCUGCUCUAAUGAACUUUUGAUUAUUUAUUUCAGCUUUUGUGGAACUCAGUCUGAAGUUUUAUAUUAUGCUUAUUCUGUUUGUCAUUUACUCUGUGUUUACAUGUGCUUGAUACCGAAAGAUUUCCAUUUGUGGUGAAGUCUGCUGUUAAAAUGCUGCACUUAAUCGUCGAAGAUGCAUCUGUGUUUCUAAUAUCUGUUUUUUGCAUCAGCUGUUUCUAUUAGUAAUCCAAUUUUGUAGCAUUAUCAGCAUGUUCCAAAAAAUUACUUUGUUUUGUUUUGGCGUUUAUUUGGCUAAUAAGCUGAGAUUGGUUACGGAUGUUUUUCUUUCAUUUGAGUCUGAUAACCUCUACCAAACAGGCUAGCAAGCAUCUGAUACCAGAUUAUGAAAUAAGACAUAUAAAAUGGAUUUGAUUCUAUUCGUACUAAACAAAUGUUAUUGAAACGGAUUGUGCAUUGUUGUGCUUAUCUUGCGUAAGCAACUUCUACUGGACACUUUUAUUUGAAUGAGCA